AUGGCAGGACUACUCUCAGAGUGGGUUCGUGUGCGGCAUGCAGCUCUGAGUCACUCCACGGGGGGUCCAGCCUUGGUGGAAAGAGAUCUGCAACCUCGCAGCAUGCUGCCUUUUACUCCAGAUGGUCCUGUUCGCGGGGAGAACCGUGCCAAGAUGUUGCCAUUGGACCCUUUGAGCAAGUUGAGGGAGGUGUCCCAGAAGACUGGCCGAUUGUUGGUGACCUGGACCACAGGAGGGGACUUCGCCAAAAUGGCACUGAAUCUCGCCAUGUCCAUCCGGAGAAAUGUCCCAUGGCUCGAGCACUCCUUCGCAGUGAUUUGCCUAGACCGAGAUGCAGAUCAGCAGCUCAGAGCAGAGCAGUUCACAACUGUUCUGCUGCCGGGACCUGCAGAUGAAAAUGCUGUGAAAGAUCCGUGGCAGAAUGACGACUUGUGGAAAUUCAAGUAUCGCUUGAUGGCCUCUUUGAUGACCUUGGGUCUGGCAGCCCUCGUCUUGGACACCGACGUCGUGCUCGUCUCGGAUCCUUUCCAACACCUCACGGGCGACGCCGACCUGGAGGUCAUGACGGACCUCUUCUUCCCGGACAUGCACCUUCUAAAUGUGUCCAUCCGGCCGGAAGACCACAUCAAUACGGGCUACGUCUAUCACACAGCCACUCCUUCAGCAUUAAGGUUCAUGCUUGCUUUCCUGGAUGCCUUUGAUGCCCACGAAUGGAGGGGCUUCAAGCGCGAUUGGUUCAACCAGAGAGCAUUCAACAAGCUGGUGCUGGAAUGGGUGGAUGCUGGCUCCGUCAAGGUCCUGUAUGGGCCUGGAGCCUGGUGCGCACUGCGUGGAAGCCGCACCAACGUGGGAACGGUGGCCAGGUCCAGGCAGCGCAGCUGCGUAGAGAGGACACCCACGAGUGGCGUCACCAUCCGAGUCUUGAAUCCUGCGGUCAUUGCUCAUGGCAUGAACUUCUUCUGGCGCCGUGCUCACUUGAUGCGGAGUGAAACUGGGGGUCUGCCUUUGGCGGCAGUUCAUGCAAAUGGUGUGGAGCCGAAGGAUUACUUCUUGCGUGAUCGAGGCCUGUGGUAUUUGGACGACUUCACUGAACGCUUCGGAGAAGCUCCACGGUUCUUCACCUAUGUCCACCCUCGAGGGCUGUCCUUAGCGGAAGACUUCGAGGAGGUGGCCGCAGCACUGGAGGUGGCGAUGAUGUUGCAAAGGAGAUUGGUUUUGCCAAUGACCAUGAACUGCCGUAAUUGUCCUGCCUAUGGGCCAUAUGGAUUUGCAGAGUGGGCAGACAAGAAGGACCUGGGUUGUACCUUCGACUACUUCUCCCGAGCUAGUUUGGCAAUGGGCGAGUGGCUUAAGUUUACCGUGGAGUCAGGUGUGGUUUGGCUCCCUGAAUUUCAAGAGCUCCUAAAAGCAAGGCGCCACGUGUCCGCGGCCUCGCUCCAGACGGAGCUCCGCUCGGCCGGCGGCCGGCGCCCGGCCGAACUCUUCGGAGACACCGCGGUGGUGCAGCUGGGGGAGGCCUUGCGAGUCCACGUGCUUCGAGACCUUCUGAAGCAAGCAGUCCGGGGUCAGCCGCUUGAUAGUUUGCCUUGUGCCUGGCGAGCAUGGCCUGCCACAACCUUUGCAUGUCGCAACCUGGUAGCAACAGCCUCCAAUCCUGUGACCUAG